CUUCACUUGCAUCUGUUGCAUUGAACAAUGGCAGCCGCAGCAUUCACUGCAGUUUACGAUUACCUCGUCAUUGGCGGCGGCUCUGGCGGCAUUGCCUCUGCCCGUCGCGCUGCCCUCCACGGCGCCAAGACCGCCCUCGUCGAGUACCAACGCCUCGGUGGCACAUGCGUCAAUGUUGGAUGCGUGCCCAAGAAGGUCAUGUGGAACACGGCCUCGAUGGCUGAGGCGCUGCACGACGCACCAGACUAUGGGUUUGAUGUUACAGUCAAAGGAUUCUCGUGGAGCUCGAUCAGGACCAAGCGCGACGAGUACAUCAAGCGCCUCAACGGCAUCUACCAAGGCAAUCUCGAACGUGACAAGAUUGACAUCCUUCGUGGCCGUGCUCGCUUCGUCGGACCAAAGCAAGUGUCCGUGGACGGAAAAAUCUACUCCGCCAAGCACAUUCUGAUUGCAACGGGAAGCUACGCAAAGCUGCCCGACGUUCCCGGAGCACACCACGGCAUCACAAGCGAUGGCUUCUUCGAGCUCAACGAGCAACCCAAGAAGGUGGCCGUCGUCGGCGCUGGAUACAUUGCCGUCGAGUUGGCUGGAAUCUUCAGGGCACUUGGUUCGGAAGUAUCGCUGCUUGUGCGCCAUGACGGCGUGCUGCGCAAGUUUGACUCGAUGCUCCACAAGGGCGUCGAGGAGGAGCUGACUGCCUCGGGCGUCAAUCUGCUCCUGAACACGCACGUGUCAUCUGUCACCAAGGACGACAGUGGACACCUCUCGCUUGCGCUGACCAAUGGCACAACGCAGUCUGGAUUCGACUGCCUUGUCUGGGCAAUCGGUCGCUCCCCCACCAUCGAGGACUUGGAUCUGGAGAAGACCGGCGUGUCCCUGGACAAGGACGGCCUGAUCAAGGUGGACGAAUUCCAAAACACCACCCACGAGGGCAUCCACGCCGUCGGCGAUGUCGCGUCGCACUGGCAACUGACCCCCGUUGCGAUUGCUGCGGGCCGUCGCCUCAGCGAGCGCCUGUUUGCCGGCAAGACGGACCUCAAGCUCGAGUACGAGAACAUUGCAUCGGUAGUGUUCAGCCACCCGGCUUUGGGCACUGUUGGUCUGAGCGAGGAAGACGCAAUUGCCAAACACGGCAAGGACAACCUCAAGAUUUACUCGGCCACCUUCACCAACAUGUAUCACUCGAUGACAACCCGCAAGACAAAGACUCGCGUCAAGCUCGUCUGCCUUGGCAAGGAGGAGAAGGUCAUCGGCGUCCACGUGAUUGGCAUCGGUGCUGACGAGAUGAUCCAAGGCUUUGCUGUCGCCGUGAAGAUGGGUGCUACCAAAGCGCAGUUUGACGACACUGUGGCCAUCCAUCCUACAGCCUCCGAGGAGCUCGUGACCCUUCGUUAACUGAGUGCAAAGCUGUCGCGCUUAAACAAACCAUGUGUUUUGUGAUGCAAUAAAAAUAGUACCAAACAAAAAAAAAACGUGUUGGAUUGGAAAUACAACAAUAGCAUGA